UCUAUUUAUAUUUCGGCUCGAACUCGGUUCGUGUUUUAUUGUGGAUAAAAAAAAAUUUCAAUAAUUUUCAUCAUGGACGCGCAGUCCAAGUUAAAGCCUUUAGAAAAUCCCGAUGCCUUGCUUACGCCAAAAUGGUUUUGGCAGAAUUACAUUGAUAACAAUAUAGUGCCGAAGUCUGUGACCGAUGCUUUGCUAAAAGAAGCCGAUCCUGGCUUUACGCCAUUAUCCCAUGCCUCAAAACAAUCAAUUAUGGAUUAUAGUUUGCGAUAUAAGCCGCGUUGUGAGCCGAUACCCGAAAUUAAAUCGUUCGGCAAAAAAUUGAAUGAUUGGUUCAACUAUACAGUUUUUAUAUCGCGAGAUCGUCUAAAUCUCCCCACGUGCAAGGCAUUCGAUAUUGAAGAAUAUAAGACCCAGCUUCUUCCCAGCUCUAAACUUCAAAACAAAAAAAAAGAUAAGAAAUCAGAUGCAACUAAAGACAAAGAGAUGACUGUUUCAUUCUUGCCGUUUGAGUUUAGUCCAAACUUAAAAGGCAAAAUGACUUACCAUGACUACGAAAUAAUUUGGAAGCGUAAAGACGAAAAUUUGGAGAUAUGUAGGGCUGUGCAGCUAAUGCAACGUAUGGGAAGAGCACUUUCUCCAGCCGAACUCCUUGUGGAGUCUGUGAAGAACUUUUGGUACGACGAUCUUGAACUUCAAGUCGAAUCCAAAAUCUUUCUAGUGAACCGUUAUAUUUUCACCUGUUUUGCUAAGAAGUUCGAGGAUUGUCGGGGCAAUUUAUUACAAUUUGCGGGUAUACAAAUGAGGAUGGAAUUUUUGAUACAUCUCUACGAUUGGAUGAUAUCCGAAGAUGUGACCAUUGAGAUCAAUGACCAUCUAAUAGAAUAUUACAAGGCAGCAAAAUUUUUGGGAAUCGACUUUUUGGAGCAACAAUAUUGGACUACAUUUUCUUUGAGCGGCGAUGCCGGCAUAUGGGAACAAAAUGCCUUUUAUAUUUACUUAUUGGCCAGAGCCGAGAACUGCGAAGACGUGAUGUCCAUGAUGAUGGUUAGGAUAAGAAAGUCCUUUUUGCCGUUGGUGGCUUCCCACGAGUUUUUGGAGUUUAAUGCCAAUGAGGUGGCCUUCCUGCUCGCUCAGGAUACCAUUUGUGUGAACAGCGAGGAUGAGGUUUUUUUCUCAGCAGUUUUAUGGCUAGAGUACCGCUGGGAGGAGCGAAAGAAGGACACAGCCUUCGUCAUGAGCAGUGUGCGAUUUGCACACAUUAGUCCGUGGUUAAGACUUUCUUUGACCAAUCGCAAAGAGAACAGUAUUAUCAAGGAGAUUAUGAAAGAUGAAAAGGUCCUUGGUUAUUUGUGGUUGGCCAAUAAGUACUGUCAGGCCAGGAUCUAUAACCAAUGUCAAGUGAUCCCCACCCACAUUAAUGCCAUAAAGGAACUUAUGGAGGCCUACAACAGCAUUAAAAUUGAAGAACGCUUCUGGGUAUACUGCCUGGGUGUUGCUCAUCACCACGAUAAUGAAUGUUGCCGCUACCGGGAAUUGACCUACGAGACUUUCAAGCGUUUUCUUCAUCGACUGAUGUAUCAUGCCGAGAGCUUUAUGGAGGAUUUAAAGUUUAUUCCGAAUAGGAUUGGGAACCAUUAUAUUUGUUGCUAUGAUAAAGUUAUGAAGCUGGUAGAAACUAGGCAAUGCCCCAGGCCUUUGUUUUAUACAAAAGCGCUGAACUCUCAAGAACGCAAAUAAGAAGGCCAAUUAA